CACUUACUGAACCCAGAACGAUUUCGAAACAGUUGUUCAACUCAGUUUAUAUCUGUAUCAAAAGGAGGAAGGUUCAUGUGAUUUUUCUAUUUGAAUAUUAAUUUAUAUGACAAAUACCACCAACAAAAUAUUGAAAAAUUGAAUUGUCUAAUUUUGAUAUAUUUGAGAGAAUUUAUUACUCUUUAAAUGAACUUCAAUUCCUUUGUUGUUAAUAUUCUGCUUUCAUCAUGAGAAAGUUCCUGUGAAUUGUGCUGAUAUGUGACAUAUUCGCCUAUGAAUUGUGUUAUUUUGUUUUCUUUUUCGAGAAAGUGAACAGUGUCUAGUGAAAAUUCUAUUGGAUUGGGCGUAAAUUUUGACAAAUCCAAGAAUCGAUAUAGUUUCCCCAAGGUUGCCAGAAUUUGUAGUUCCCUUUCUUUUUGCAACGUCGCAUCACUGGAUCUGAUUUUCCCCCGUUUUGAAGAAUAUUAAUCCCUCCAUUCAAACCAUACAAAAGGAAAUAUCCAGUUGUCCGUCUAUUGGGUGGGGAUGGUUUACCUGUUGGCUGAUUGGGGUAUGGGAGAAAAUGAACCACGACAUCGAAACUACGCGGACCAAAAGUCGGAUUUCCAGCGGAGACUCUCGGAACAAUUCGAUGCCGACCAGGAGGAAGUUGAUCUUCAUCCCUUGAGUAAUCAGGUUGGUGGCCAUACAAGAUUGAUGGUUUUGAAUCCUGGGACAAUAUGCAAGCCUCUCAACUACAGGGAACUGGAAUUCUAUCAGAAUAUUCAAGAACAAGACAUCAAAUUGUUUGUACCCAAAUAUAAAGGCGUGAUGCAGGCAACAUUAUGUAGUGGCGGGAAAAUGGACAAAAGGUACAGUCCCAGUUUUCGAGAUGACCCUUCCAGAAAUAAGACUGAUCGAAAAAGGAAACGAGAGGACGUUUUGAAAAUGAAAGUUCAUCACACGGGGAACCCUAAAGACGUUUUAAAGAGUAUAUCUCAUGCUGACAACACCAAUAAGCAAUAUUUCUUGAUGCUUGAGAAUAUAACAUCCAAAUUCACGCAUCCAUGCAUAUUAGAUCUUAAAAUGGGUACCCGGCAGCAUGGAGACGAUGCUUCGGCUGAAAAAAGAUCCAAACAAAUGGCUAAAUGUGCAGCAAGCACUUCCGCCACUCUAGGGGUUAGACUUUGUGGAAUGCAGGUAUAUCAAGCUAAUAUGGAUAAAUAUAUGAAAAGAGACAAAUAUUGGGGAAGAGAAUUGAGUGAGGAGGGCUUUCAUGAUGCCCUUUGCACCUUCUUUGAUAAUGGUUUUGGUUUAAGAGUAUCAGUUAUAAAAAAAGUAAUAACAAAAUUGGAACAACUAAGGGGAAUAAUUGAGAAACAAAGUUCUUAUAGGUUCUACUCUUGUUCUUUACUAAUCGUCUAUGAAGGAAACGGGGGCAUUCCCUUUGUACCUGAACACCUCAACAAUUUUGACACUCGCUCUUCAGAAGAUAACAGCAGAGAAGUUCCAUGCUUUUAUGAUGCUGAUACAAGUAAUUCUUCUCUUGACUUCAACUCAAGUCAAGAUGAAAUAUCCCAAGAUUCGCAUCUCAGAGUUUUCACAGAAGCAGCAGCUAAAGGUGUCAAAUCAAGUAAUUUUUUCAACAUUUCCGAAGAAACAGUAUUCUUAGACACCCCGCCGAUGCCAUCUAUUCGGACUUCCAGCCCAGUGUCAGUUGACAGUUGGAUGAUGUAUUCGAACAGCAGUAGCGACGAGUACUCGUUAUCAGGAAAUUUGAAUGAUGGAAGUUCGAAUGAAGAGACAUCAGAUUUUGAACCUUCUUCUCCACAAAAAAACAAACAUAUUAGCAACCUACAACUCAGCGAUUUGGAUAUAGAAGAUGAAGAUAGCUUAGCCCCAAAUUCUUCACACAAGAACCACACCAAGCGACUUAGAGUAAAAAGCAGAAACAUGUCUGUGGCAUCUGUUAGCACUUUACGAUCAUCAGCUCCAGAACCACCGAAUGUUGAUGUGAGAAUGAUUGAUUUUGCGCACACUUCUUUCGUCACAAAAGAUGAUAAGACCAAACCUACAGCUGUACAUCACGGACCAGAUGGCGGAUUUUUGCAAGGACUCGACAGUCUUAAGAGGUUGCUGUCGCAGCUUUUAGAAGGUUGAUGUAAAACUGUUUGGAAGGAGUUUCUGUUGUUUUCAUAUAUAGGCGACGUUAAUAAGAUAUAAGGUUAGGUCGCAUUCCUGUCAGGAAGGUGCAAUGUAGAAAAAAAUCUCGAAAAAGAAUGGUGAUUGGAUUGAACAACAGAAAAAUUAUUAUGGAAUAAUAGUAUUUAAGGACUUGACUUGUCAUUUCCAAUCUCCCAGUGAUAUAUCACUAACUCUAUAGAGUUAGUUCUUGAACUCUAUAGCCCAUGAAUUGGGCAACAAAUUAUGUGAUAAAUAGAUUAGGAUAUUCAGUUAAUGAAAAGACCCCAAUUCCUUUUUGUUACAUUCCUGAAUGGUAUCUACUACAUUUCAGAAUAUUUUACAGAAGAUUACUAUGAGGCUUCUGUAUGUUUGACAUUUAUAAAAGAUUACAGAAAAACCUAAUGAAUUCUCAAUAGUGCUCCUGUGAAUAUUCUUCAAUCAAGGCCUUGUUCUGGAAGUAACAAAUCAGGACUAUGAAAUUUGAAUGAGUGAAAAUAAUAAUUCGAGAACAAACCUCCAAAACAAUUGCCGACACAUGGACAAAAAGAUGUUACGGAAAUUUCGAAUAUUGCAUUUUCCCAAUCUUUUCAGUUUGUAUUUCAAAAUUUUUUCAACCAUAUUCUAAUCGAUUCGGACCCAAAGGCAAAAAACUUCAUUAAUCUACACAAAAUAAGAAGAGGUUAAGAUGUCAAUACUUUGAAGGAAGUAUUUGUAAUUUAUUUUGAAUUUAAUUCAAUAAACAGUAUUCUUGUACAAA